GCUUGCAGACUCCCUUCCUGCUGAUUUGAGUUUUUUCUUUUUUAUCUCUCUGUCCUCUCUAUCUCACACCCACUCUCCAGUUCCCCAUUUUUCUCUGCAACUCUUGAUUCUGUCUCACUGCAUCUCCUUCGUCCCCUCCCACCCACCCACCCACCCUGUAAGAGUCUUAUUCUGCCUCAGUCACGAGGGAGAGAGAACACACCCCAGACUUCUCCCCUUCCUGGCAGCCUCCCCAGAGGCCCACAGCUGUGGGCUCAAGGUGGAGGCCAGAGGGAAUGCUUUCUCCCUCACGGACACACUCCAUCCUCUCCAGCAGCUCUCCUACAGGGAUCAAGGAAGUCAGGGGAGGUCAAGAGAGGAGGAUCCAGGGCCAAAUGAUGAUGGUGAUAUGUAACAAAGCGUUGAGAAGUUAGGGCCUGGUACUUCUGGACUGCCAACUCUAAAGCUUUCCUAAAUCAUGCCUCAGUUUCCCCCUGCUCAUUGCUAAGGAGAGAGAAUUGCACAGGACUAUGGCUUCCUGGGUCACUCAAACAAGCAGCUCAUUGUGCCUGAUCCCGGCGGCUGAGGCGGCGCCAAGAGCAGGAGCUGGGACAGAGCUGAUGGCCGGUGCCCGGGGGAGGAGUCUGCCUCUUGGGGCAUCGGGAGUCCAGGUGACCUUCCAGACACCCAUCCACAGCCAGGAGGGACUGGGGCUUCUGGAGCCAAUUCUAGUUUCCCCUCGUCCUUUCCCCAAGGGAGGAUCGGUCCCCUCCGGGUCCGUGCGCCCCGGCCGCGCCAUGCAGUCCCCGUACUACAGCCUCCCCCCGGGGCUCAGCCUCACUGAUUUCAUCCCAGGCCGGCUCCAGGCGCAGACCUUGCCGCACCGCCAAGGGACCCGGGUGCCUGUGCUCCGGAACGGCGGCUCCAACACGCUCAACUUCCAGUUCCACGACCCGGCCCCCAGGACUGUGUGCAAUGGGCACUCGGCUCCCAGAAGAGUCAUCGCAGAUCCUUCUUGGUAUCAGACCUGGCCUGUUUCUGAGAGCCAGGUCCCUGCAAGCACCAAGCAACCCGUAGCCCAGGGUGGCCCAAACUGGUCGGCCACAUGGACCAAAGGCAGCAAGCCGCGGGACAAGUGCUGGGUCAAAUACGAGGGCAUUGGACCAGUGGAUGAGACUGGCAUGCCCAUCGCUCCCCGUUCUAGCGUAGGAAGCCCACGGGAUUGGUACCGAAAAAUGUUCCAGCAGAUCCACCGAAAACUUCCAGAGCUGCAGCUGGACUGGGCUUUUGAGGAGCAAGGCAAAGAGUCCAGCCAUCUCAGGGCAGGACUGAGAAGUAGUCCUUCAUCUCUCCACAGCAGGAGGAGCCACAAGGACCCUAAGGAAGGGACUGGCAGCCUCUCCAGCUACAAUCCCAGAACUUCACCUCUCCUGCAGACAAGACCUCAGGUAGUCAGGUACCAGAAGAAAGCUGAAGAUAUCUGGACUGAGGACUCGUGGAAUCAAUUUCUGCAAGAAUUAGAAACAGGGCAGAGGCCCAAGAAGCCCCUGGUGGAUGAACCUGCUGAGAAGCCUUCUUUACCAAUUGAGAUCUCACUGGAGAGAGAACUGGCCAGGCUGACCGAGGAGCUGGACAAAGACAUGCGAGCCAUUGAGAUGAAGCUGCCCCCGGAAAAGGGCUCGGCGCAGGCUAGCCGCCCCCGGGACCGGAGACCCUUGGCUCGCUUGUCUCCAGCCAGGGCCUCCAGCCCAUCCCAACCACUUUACCAUAGCACCUCUCGGGCCCUGAGCCCCCACAGAAUGCAAGAUGGAGGGAGCCCCUUCCUGGGUCGGAGAGAUUUCCUCUACCCACCCCCCACUCAAGAUUCCCACACAGCAGAGCCUGGGGAUGGCCAGGCUAAGAAAGAAGAGAAAAAGAUGAAGGCUGCACGACUCAAGUUUGAUUUCCAGGCUCAGUCACCUAAGGAGUUGACCCUGCAGAAGGGGGACAUUGUGUACAUACACAAAGAGGUGGACAAAAACUGGCUGGAGGGAGAGCAUCAUGGGCGGCUUGGCAUCUUUCCAACUAACUAUGUAGAGGUGCUGCCCCCAAAUGAGAUCCCAAAGCCCAUCAAACCCCCAACCUACCAGGUACUGGAAUAUGGAGAGGCUGUGGCCCAAUACAACUUCAAGGGGGAUCUGGAAGUGGAGCUCUCCUUCCGAAAAGGUGAGCGUAUCUGCCUGAUAAGAAAAGUGGAUGAAAAUUGGUACGAGGGCCGCAUCUCAGGGACUGGACGACAGGGCAUCUUCCCUGCUAACUACAUCCACGUCUCCAAGGAACCCAGGGUCAAGAUCUGCGAAGAUGGCCCAACCCCCACCCACCUGACCCUGGCUGGCUCCCAAGUCCCAGGGUCCCCACGCCUGGGCACCUCUAGACAAGCAAGGCCAUCUGGUUCCCCCUCUGUAUCCCAAAGCACAGCCGACACCACUGACUGGGGGGGCCGAACCUCUCCCUAUCGAACUGGUUUGGCCUUUCGUUCCAGCACCCAGGAACCUUCCUCACGGACUUCUCCAUCCAGACCUCAGACCCAGAGUCUUGGUGUUUCCAGGACAUUACCAACUUACCACUGGGAUCCCAGCCCUCAUCAAGACCCUUCUUCUUCUUCUUCUGGAUCAUCUAAUAUUCACUGGACCCCGUACCGGGCAGUAUAUCGCUAUUGGCCCCAGAAUGAAGAUGAAUUGGAGCUUCGGGAAGGAGACCAGGUGGAUGUCAUGCAGCAGUGUGACGAUGGCUGGUUUGUGGGUGUCUCCCGGAGGACCCAGAAAUUCGGAACCUUCCCAGGAAACUACGUGGCCCCUGUAUGAACGGACCCUUUGGCAGCCUGGACCAAGCCCAGAGCUCUGCCUAUGAAAGCCCAGCCCAGAAUGGGGAUGGGGAGAAGGGAUGGGAGUGGGAGGUGCUGCAGUUAGGACACUGCUGACAAGGGCUCUCUCUGUACCCUCCCCUUCCUCAGCUAACCCACUGACAGCUGCUUUGUUGUGGUCUUUCUCUAAGACCUGAGGGAGGAUGGGGAUGGAGGGGGAGGGGAGGAGCGUCUGCAGGAUGCCUCGGCUUCUGUGGGGCCCCAUCCUGUGUGAGACACAACCACCAGCCCUCUGCCUGCUCUUCCCAUCCUCCCUGCCUUAGGGGACCUGGAAUAACUCCACUCAACUCACAGACACCCCUCUAACAGCCUUAUCACAAGGCUAGUUCCCAGCCUUAUCGAGACCAGAAAUAACUUCUCCUCCUCUCCCCCUACCCCCUCCAUCUCCAUGAAGAAAUGUAUCCUGGACCAAGGACCACCUUCUUAACUUAAUGGACCAAGUGCUAUCACCUGGAAGAGGUUUCCUUCCCAUGUCUCAUCUUGUCUUCCCUCCCUUUCUUUGCUAGUUGAGUUAAGAAAGGGCUGGGAGAGAUGGCAAGGAGGGCCCUUCUCUGGUCUUCUUCUCAGAGCUCCAGUAAGGGUUCAGCCUUUAAUGUUAGUAAUCCAAUCCCAAAGUCCUGGAAGACUCAGGCUGUACGUUCCCCCUCCUAUGGCACCCUUGUUCUCCCCUUGGAGAAACUAUAUAAUAAACCUGGAACACCUUUUUUGA